CUGCCGGAAAGGACCCUGACUUGAGAUGGGGAGCGGAGGCGUUUUGUGGGCUGGGCUGAGAGCCUCCUCCCUGAGACAGCAUCGGCCUGACCCGCGGCGCGGGAGGGACCCAGCCAGGGGGCAGUCCUAGUAGAUUCCGGCAGUGCCUCCACCCCGUGGUGGCGGAGACACAGAGGGCGGGUCGCGCCCGGGGGUCAGGGAGGAGAGUGACCCGGCCCCGAUCCAGGGCCCUCCCCGCCCGCUUUGCGGCCAGAACUCCAGCCCUGGGGAGUGGGCAGGGCCUGUUUUCCGUGCCUCACGCCCUGCUUUUCGCCUCCUUCAGCGCUGUCUGCUAGCUGCUUUUCCUGCUCUCUCUCCCGGGAGGCGAACCCUUGUGCCCGAGAUGGCAGCCACCCUGCUCAUGGCUGGGUCCCAGGCACCUGUGACAUUUGAAGAUAUGGCCAUGUACCUCACCCGGGAAGAAUGGAGACCUCUGGACCCAACACAAAGGGACCUUUACAGGGAUGUAAUGCAGGAGAAUUAUGGAAAUGUUGUCUCAUUAGAUUUUGAGAUCAGGAGUGAGAACGAGGUGAAUCCAAAGCAGGAGAUUAGCGAAGAAGUAGAAUUUGGGGCCACAUCUGAAAGACCUGUUGAGAAUGCUGAGGAAAAUCCUGAAAGUGAAGAGACCUUUGAAAGCGGAGAUAGGUCAGAAAGACAGUGGGGAGAUUUAACAGCGGAAGAGUGGGUAAGCUAUCCUCUCCAACAAGUCACUGAUCUGCUUGUCCACAAAGAAGUUCACGCAGGCAUCCGAUAUCAUAUAUGUUCUCAUUGUGGAAAGGCCUUCAGUCAAAUCUCAGACCUUAAUCGACAUCAGAAGACCCACAGUGGAGACAGACCGUAUAAGUGUUAUGAAUGUGGAAAAGGCUUCAGUCGUAGCUCACACCUUAUUCAGCAUCAAAGAACACACACUGGGGAGAGACCCUAUGAUUGUAAUGAGUGUGGGAAAAGUUUUGGAAGAAGUUCUCACCUCAUUCAGCAUCAGACAAUCCACACUGGAGAGAAGCCUCACAAAUGUAACGAGUGUGGGAAAAGUUUCUGCCGACUUUCUCACCUAAUCCAGCACCAAAGGACACACAGUGGGGAGAAACCUUAUGAGUGUGAGGAGUGUGGGAAAAGCUUCAGCCGGAGCUCUCACCUAGCUCAGCACCAGAGGACCCACACAGGUGAGAAGCCUUAUGAGUGUAAUGAAUGUGGCCGAGGCUUUAGUGAGAGAUCUGAUCUCAUCAAACACUAUCGAGUCCAUACGGGGGAAAGGCCCUACAAGUGUGACGAAUGUGGGAAGAAUUUCAGUCAGAACUCCGACCUUGUGCGCCAUCGGAGAGCCCACACAGGAGAAAAGCCGUACCACUGUAAUGAAUGUGGGGAGAAUUUCAGCCGCAUCUCACACUUGGUUCAGCACCAGAGAACCCACACUGGAGAGAAGCCAUAUGAAUGCAACGCUUGUGGGAAAAGCUUCAGCCGGAGUUCUCAUCUCAUCACACACCAGAAAAUUCACACUGGAGAGAAGCCUUAUGAGUGCAAUGAGUGUUGGCGAAGCUUUGGUGAAAGGUCAGAUCUAAUUAAACACCAGAGAACCCACACAGGAGAAAAGCCCUAUGAGUGUGUGCAGUGUGGAAAAGGAUUUACCCAAAGCUCCAACCUCAUCACACAUCAAAGAGUUCACACAGGAGAGAAGCCUUAUGAAUGUACUGAAUGUGAAAAGAGUUUCAGUCGGAGCUCAGCUCUUAUUAAGCAUAAGAGAGUUCAUACUGACUAAGUCCUAUAAUUAUGGUGACUGAGAAAUGAUUCAUUUGAAGAUACAAUUUCAUUUGAUAUCAAUGAGCUCCCUCAAGACUAAACAUCUUUUACCAUACUCACUUUCCUAGUUGUGGGCCACAAUUUAAAACAUCAAAGAAGACAGCUCAUUUGAAAAUCAGACCCACAGCUUUAGGAGUGUUAUCCCCUCCUCCAAAGUCAUGAUUUUUAUUCACUCAAUGGAUUAUUCCAUCAAAAUCAGCCCCACAAAGUACUAGAAAUCUGAAGACCAGGGGACAAAUGCUGGUGAAUGCCCAGACCUGGAAGUGGAGUAAAUCUUUAAAAGCUAUUUCUCCCAUCCUUGGCCCAAAGAACUAUGCUAGGGGAAAUGUGGGGUUGUAAUAGGGUGGUCAUGGCUGCUUUGGAAAAAGGCUACUAGAGACUCAUCCCUAAUUGCCACACCAUAGUAGUUGGGCACACACAGCUUCACUUCCAAAGGUCUUUUUCCUUUAGUUGCUCAUGCAUUUGUAUCUUUGCAUCUUCCUGAGAGCAGGAUUCUGCAUGAUGAAAGCAAUGAUUUUAACUUCACUCUUUCUCAUUAUUUCUAAUUAACUUGUUUAAAGUUUGCAUCUUUGUGAAUGUGAAAGCUAAUUGAAGAUACAGUUUGAAAGGAAGAAUAAGACAUGUUUGGGGACCAAGGACCCAUCAAUGGUGGUGACUUUAGCAAAAGAUGCCCACUGUUGUUACUACCAUUAAUCAGAUUUAUGAAUUUUCUUUAGGGAUCAAUAUAGGGAACAUUGUAGGGAAAAUAUCUUCAAGGAAGAUAGGACCAUAAGUGACAGUGGAGGGUAAGGAAGCACAGAGGUCCUUCCCAAGGAACAUAGCUCAUCUCUGUGUUCUUUCCCCCCUAAUCUAAGAUCAAUUCUUCCUAUCCUGAUAACUCUAGGAUUUGAUAAGGCCCAUAUCCCAGUGUUUAUCUUAGCUUGCAUCAGGGCAUGUGUAUGUACAGUGAAAUGUGUAUUCUUGUGAAUUUCUAAUAGCAGAAACUGAAUUUACACAGAAUUAGCAUGUUCUUGGGUGAUGUGGUUCAUGUGACAGCACUACAGACAUAACUCCAAUGUGAGAAAUGUCCUUUUUUUCAUUUUUUAUGAAAAAAAUUUAAACACUAGUGCUCUAAUGUGCACUCUCCUGUAAGGCACUUGUUUAUAUGUGUUUGUCAGUUGUGGGAGAUAAUGACCAGACAGGUUGAUUCUCCUGUUCUCAGAUUGAAUUAUCUUCUCUGGCAAUGAAGAACUCUUUGACCUAGUCAGAAAGAAUUAAUAAUCCUAGGUAGGAAUGUAUUUCCAUACUCCCAGCCUACAGAUAUAAGUGGUUAAGAUAAGAGUUGAUGCAAUUUAAUCCCAGUAGUGUGAGUUCUCCUAACCUCAAGCCAGGUAGGAAUUAGGAUGUAUCCCAAAUGUUGAUGCUUAUCCAAGCGUGUGGGAGUGGAAGGGAAUUUGUGUCCAGGAGAAGGGAGUAAGUAAUAUCUUUUCUUUUAAGAGUGCCCCAGUUUAUUUCUACUGUGCUUUAUUGUGAAUAUUGUAACAUUUAAAAAAUGUUUUUUGCCAUAGCUCUGUGGGACUUGAUAUUAAAGGAGCCAGCGGUCUCUCUUGAGUAGUGUACUAUAUAUAAUGAGUUAUUUGACCCACAGCUCUAUGGGACUUCAUUACUUGCUAAUGACACAACCUUGAAAGUGACAAUAUAAAACCAAUCUACUACAGGGAUUUCUUCAUGUUGCCACUCCUACUUAAGUACAAACUUGGGCAGGGAGCAUGUUUUUCUAUACAAAAUCUAGCAGAUUGUGGGUAUUCAUAUUUUAAUUGUUGGGUGACACAUAUGUUCUUGCUGACUAAGCUCAAAUAUGUCUUUUCCCAUAUCUGUUGCUGAUGACUUUAAUAAAUAUCAAAGUUCUCCUGUU